AUGAAGUUGUUCCUUCUAGCCGUUUUUGCUUCAUCGGCUCUUGCAAGCCUAUCGGCACCACCCGAAGAAGUUGUAUAUCAUCCAAUCAAUUACGAAGGUAAUCAAAAUCUUCCAAACUAUUCGGGUUACCAAACAAUUUACGAAGCAAGCUCUGACGAUCGAAUUACGUACGGAGUCAAUAAUCGUGAUAUGCCGUCCAAUGGAUAUCCACAUAAAUAUGACUCAGGACGCUAUGAGAAUGAAAAUGGACGCUAUGGAGCUGCUAACGGAAAUAAACAAAAUGGGUAUUAUUCUUCUGGAAACCCUCCUUAUGAUGAUAAUUACAGUCCAAAGCCAGACUUCCUUAAGCUUAAGAAGUUAAGACUUAGUGGCGUUCCUAAUGCAGCUACAGCUAAGAUUACAUAUCUGACUCGCGGAAAUAAUAACUACGCGGUUGUGUCUUGCCCAAGAAACCCGGAUACUAAUGGAAUGACAGCAAUCGUUGUCGACGCCGAUGAGAAUGUGCCAAAUUAUCCACCAGAAACAAUGCCAAUUGCCCUCGGUGUUUCACCGCAAGCUCUCGUUAAGCUCGGAAAAAAGAAAUAUGAAUCAAAGAAUAUCAUCGACUUCGACAAGUCCAAGUUCAAGAGGGUCGCUUGCGUCCAUUUCCCCGGAAGUGAAAAAUAA